AUGGAAGUCGACCGGACCAACUUCUGGCAGAACCUGCCGUACAUCUUCAAGACAAUCAGCGAGGCCCGAUAUGUGGCUGUAGACCUCGAGAUGUCCGGUAUCUAUGUUGACCAAUUUCGAGACACGGAAACCCCAGUCAAGCCAACGUUGCAGCAGGAAUAUGACGAUGCGAGAAAGGCAGCGAAACUGUUCUCCAUCUUGCAAUUCGGCUUCACCUGCAUCAGCUGGGAUCCUGAGAGGAAAUCAUACGUGACCAAGACAUUCAAUCUCCCUCUCCACCCGGGUGUCGUUGUGGAAGAUGUCACUUCCAAAUCACUUGUCAGGGUUGUGGAUAGAUGCUUCAGGCUAUCCACCAUAACUCUUGAUUUCCUGGAGAGCAAUCACUUCAGCCUUGCGCACAUUUUGCAAAGGGGCGUUCCGUACCUGUCUGCAAGCGAGCUCAAUCGGAAGGCGACAUUUGAUUUCAUCGACGGGAAGAGGCAAGCCGGGGAGCUCAUUGAUGUCAAUGAGCUCUCAACGAAGUCAACGGAGUUCCGUAACGAUGUCGAGUGGAAGAUCAUAAAUUGGAGAAUGCAACGGCGCUCUGGAGCCCAUGUCGGGCCCGUCAUAAUUCGCAACUCGCAAGGCCACCGCCUGAACAGCCUGCAGAAGCGACUUGUCCACGAACUUUUACAGGACCAGUUCUCAGACCUCCGGGCAGUAGCCCGAUAUGGAGGCGCACACAUGGAGAUUUUUGAUGCCAGCCAGCAAACGUCUGGUCAUAAGAGUCUCGAGCGCACACGUGCGGUGUCCAAGCAGAUCGGAGCCCGUCUCCUAUGGGACGCGAUCUGCGGGCAGCCGUUCGUCGCCAACGUCGAUAUUGGGCUCAUAGUCGGUCAGAAUCCAAUCCAGGCCAUGCGGCUGAAAGCAGAACUCAAGGAGUACGAGAGCCGCCUGCGAAACAGGAGCCCUGUGUUGGUCGGACACAACAUCCUGAUGGAUCUGUGCUUCCUCCACAGCAAUUUCGUCGCCCCUGUGCCUAAGUCACUGCAGGAGUUUCGAGCCCUCACGAGGGAGAGGCUGCCCAGAAUCGUGGACACCAAGUACCUCUUCACGAGGGGAGGGGAUGAGAUGUCGCCAGACUACAGCCUGGGCGAGUGCUUCGACGCCGCGGGAAACCAGCUGUUCCCAGUGGUUGCCCCUGAUCCCUACUUCAGCUACCGUGCGUCCUGUCCUCACCAGGCUGGGUACGACAGCUUCAUGACCGCAGUCGUCUUUCUCAAGAAGUCCUACCAACUGUCCCAGGCCAGACAGGGCCUCUGGUACAUCGCCUCAGAGGACCUGGGCGAAGGAGAGGCCCUACGCUCCCGAUCCACCUCGUUCUCGUCGCCCAAGCUAAACCAGCGCCGAGCGAGCCUCGCCCUCCUCAAGGCGGCACCGCCCCCACCGCUACCGCCAAUGCCAGACAUCCCCAAGGUUCCAAGUCCCCCACUGGGAUCCAGGGGCAACACGGCCAAACCGCGGCCGGCCAACCUCCUAGAGGACCGCGACGAGGAGGUUGAAGCGGCGCUACCCCCACCCCUGCAACCAAUGCCACAGUCCUCCAAGGACUCAAGCGGACUGCCGUUCAGAACUGGGACGGCCAGACCCGACAACCUUCUAGAGGAACGCGACGAGGACGUUGUAACGGGGCUGGCUAAGUAUCAACCCAUGCAGCCGGAGGGACGCCAUGCGGCGCCGGCGACGGCACCGCCGACCCCAGACGAGUCUCCUGAGCGCAAGCCCGGACCCGAUCAAAAGCCCCAGCGCAAGAGCUCGGGCGAGAGCCCCGCCAGGGCGGUGGUGCCCGGCACGGUUCCCGAGUGGGAGGGCAAGUUUUGGAGCAAGUACGGCAACAGGAGCCGUGUCGGGCGGUUCGGGCACAUCCUCUACAUCGGGAAGAUGGCUGGGGAGCAGCUGCCUGGAGAGGCCGGUGAGUGCAAGACCGAGAAGCUCGGCACGCAGAUGCUUGAGGAGCUCGGGAGGAAGACGUCCGACGAGGACGGUGAGGGGCCUGACAACGAGGGGCCUGAGGACGAGGGGCCUGAAAGGGAGGUCGAGUGUUCGAUACACAGUUGA